GUAGCGUGCGUCUUGCGACACAAGCGAGCUUCGCAACGGCUCGCCCUUCUCCAUCGAAGGCACGGGCUGUCACCGAAGCCGCCCGACGCUACUGCUGACUCAAGAUCGGGCCCCGAAACACCGCGACGCGGCCAAUCACAGCCGUCGCUUCUCUUUACACGUGCGGAUCCGCCAGUGGCGGCAAAGGCUAGCCGGACGCUGGCACGCGGUUCAGUGUCUCGCCGACGAUGCACAAGAGACAGAGGACCCGCUGAAAAAAAAAAAAAGAAAAAAAAAAAACCGCGCGCUGCGCAUGCCCGCGCCUUCAGUGCAUCGUGCACUCACACACACACACACGGGCGCGCGCGCACACGCCACCACCGCCCCGCGCUUUGCCUCCAGCAGUUCCUCCCAGUGGCCGUGGUUGCUAGCUUGUUAAAAACGCUUCCUCGCCGGCUCGGAGACGUCCGUUACACGUCCGCCAGCUUCGCUCUUUCGCGGCUGCUGCUCUUGCAACGUCGAGCCGUGGUGGCACUCCCGGAACCCGACGCACACAUCCGUCGCUCCUGCUGCACUGUGCCGGCUCCGGAACAGCUCUCGUGGGGGCCCAGCGCUGCCCGACGCCUUAUAUGCAAGAGUCCAGUCUUCGAGGAAUCAAUCGAUAACCAGGCCGGCCUAUAGAUGCGCAAGCUGGUGUCUUCCUCUCCGCGAGACUCCGAAAGCAUGGCUGACAAGACCAGUAAUCAACAGCAGCGGGAGGCUUCCCCAGCGGGACUGCAGUCGUGGAUAAAGGAAGAGCGUCUCGAUGAGGAAACCGCGGACAGGUCCCCCGUCAAUUCUAACCAGCAAGGCACCCCGACCAACGCGCAGAAUGACUGCGCCUCGGGAUCCCCUCCGCAGCCGCCACAGCAGCAACGGCAAGGCGAGUACUCCCCAGUCUUGGGCACGUCUCGGGACGCGGGAAGCGGCAGCGGCGGUUCGUCGCCCCAGGCGCCCAACAUCAAGUGCGAAGUCAUCGACCCCGACCAGCAACAGCACAGCCCGAGCAUGGCGGCUCCACGGAGCGUGGCUCAGCCGUCGCCGCCCAUGUUCUACACUGGAAAGUACGGUGGCGGCUUCGACGAUAGUGGCUUCUACCCGCCGGCCACGUCCCUGGCAAGCAUGCACAUCGUGGACGGUUCGGCGACGACCGUGCUCCGGUACCAGCCGUCCGCUUCCAGCGCGACCGUCCAGCCAUCGUCGUCGCCGUACUACUCGCCUCCGGUGGCUUCCACGAUGUCCACCUCUUCAGGGAAUGGUUCGCGCGAUGGCGCUCUUCUGGAAGAACAGAACGCCACCUAUUCUCACCUGACCCCGGCCAGCACCGACCCCUUGGGCUACCCGCCCAGCAGCCCGUACAGCAUGCAGUCGAAGGGCUACCAGCAAUACUCGCCCCCCGACUCAAACUCGUCCCCGAGCCCCGUAUUGCUGUCGUCAUCGAACACCACCAUGUGGACGGCUUCGCCGCAGCCGUCGCACCAUCACGACGACUUCGUUACGUCGUCCAAGCUGGUCACUAGCGUGUUGGGCGGGCCUUCCUGCCGAAUCCAACACUCGUCCCAUCUCCACAGCCACCAUAAUCACCACCAGCAGCAGCACCAACAGCAGCAGCAGCAACAACAACAACACCAACAGCAGCAGCAGCAGCAGCUGCAGCAACAGCAACAGCAGCAGCAACAGAUGCACCAGUCCCAGAUGAGUCCUCCGAGGACACCGCAGAGCGUCACGGGUCAGCAGAUGGGCAACGCCUACUCGCACUUUCUCCAGGGAAUGGAACACCACGUGGCGCAGCACUCGUCCAUGGGAUGGAACCACGGCAUGGAUUCCGGUCACGGGGUCAUGGCUGGCUUCGCUGCCUACGCCCCUCCCAACAAUGACAAAAGGGGCCUCAUCGGCGAGUACCCAGCAGCGGACAUGGAGUACUACGGGGGCGAGGGUCGCGAGUGCGUCAACUGCGGCGCCAUCUCGACGCCCCUGUGGCGCCGUGACGGCACGGGCCACUACCUCUGCAACGCGUGCGGACUCUACAACAAGAUGAACGGUGCCAACAGGCCGGUCGCCAAGACUCCCCGAAGAGUGGUGAGCAGACUGUCCGCUGCGCGGCGACUGGGACUGACCUGCUCCAACUGCAGCACAAGUACGACGUCAUUGUGGAGGAGGAACAACGCUGGCGAGCCUGUGUGCAACGCCUGUGGCCUCUACUUCCGCCUUCAUGGGGUGAACCGGCCGCUGGCCAUGAAGAAGGACAGCAUCCAGACCAGGAAACGCAAGCCCAAGAGUGCAGCCGCUGGCAGCGCGGCCGCCGCGUGCGGACCGAUCGUGAAGGUGGAGGCCGCAGCCGCCGCGGCUGCAGCGGCCAUUGCCGCGCACGGCAGCGCCCUGCUGUCGACGGUCACGGCCGACCAGUCACCGCACCAGCCACAGCAAGCGCACCAGGACCAGGAUGGUCAGCAGCACCCGCAGCAGCAUUCUCAGCUGCUGGGCUCCACGCGCAUACCCGAACCUGCUAUGGCCGAUAUGAACAGCCUGAUGAGCAAGAACGCUUCACUGCCACACAUCAGCCUCAGCCUACCCUUCAGCUUCAGCCAAGCUGGGAUGACGACCAUGGCGCCCACUAGUCAAGCCGGUAGUGCUGGCAUCACUACCGUCACCCGCGUGCCCGCAGUCAUGACACUGUCCUCACUGAUGGCCUACAGCGCCGCCGGAGGAGUUCUGCGGCAACAGACCAAUGGCCACUAUGCCCCGUCAACACUGGCAGCCCUGGAUCCCAUUGCUGCAGCCCAAUCAGCAGAGCAGAGGGCGUCAAAUUUAAUGAGCCUUACGUCAUGAAACGGGACUUAACGUGAAUUGACUGAAGCUGCUCGACUGAACAUUGCUUAGGGUACAUGCACUCCAAACAUAAAUGGAAUAUGGUUCCUGCGAUGCAAAUGCCUUGUCGCACGAUCUAGGGGAAUGCGACAGACUCUUUGUGUGCAUGCGCAACUGUAAAUGUGUCACCAUUGCGCAUGACCACGAAGUGCACCCUGUUUGCAGUGACGUGGCAUGGUGUUGUUGCUAGAUUUAGUGUUGCUAUAUUUACGUUGCAGAAACGUGUUUCAUUUACUUUUGGUUUGCAUAGUGCAUCAAACAGCGGACGUUCUGCAACUUCCAUGUGCAGUGCACCCGCUAUGCUCAUUAUGGGUUUAGCUCGCCUGAGCUGCAAUGUUGCCGAGGACUUCAUCCUGUGAAGUUUUUGCCCAGUGAUUCUUCGCUGCUCACACCCAGUCACCUCUCAUCUCCAUUUCAUUCACACACACCACGACGGUUGGUGCUUUGUGGUGCAUUGCAUCUGCUGCGCCAAAAAAGGUCCUCGCUUGCUUAUAGUUUGACGUCAUGGCCAUCGCCCCCACAAAGCUGCUCACAUUGGGAGUGAUGUCUGCAGAAGCAAUAGAUAUCACUAAACGAUUUCUCGGCGUUCUUUUUUUUUCUCAUUAAGAGAGACUGGCACACAAGGCUGAGCCCUUCAUAUUGGGGAACGUGUGUAGUGAGAAGCACUGGACAUGAUCUUGCAGUGCCUAUUUUUCUGCAUAGAUUUGCUUGAUGACAAUUCCUUGUCUACAAGCACAGUUAUCUGAUAUGUGGUGGAUUGAACUGCAAAUUUGGUCAGUUUGCAGCAUUAAAUUGCCAUAAUUGUGUUAAUGGCUCACAGCAGUGAGCGUUCAAGCUUCGUGCGCUGCCAGAAUUGAGCCAUAAAUAGGGAUGCGACACUGCACCCUAUUGAUAAGUGACCACAAACUGCAAUCGUAGUCAUAAAAGUAUGAGCAUCUUAAGAAAGUCAUUGCAGGAAAGAUAGAAGCCUCACUUUAUGACGUGGUUUGGCGUAAUUUUCCACAUAUGGGCUACCUUACUGUCAAGAGCAGACUAGCUUGAGGGAUCUGCAGUGAUCUCUGGCUCUGCAAAAAGCCUAGCCUCUCUAUAUGUGCUCGUGGUCAAUAGGUUUUCAUGGAUUUUAUGAAUGAAAUGACACCUCCGUGCCUGUAGUCAUGACGAAACAAACGGUUCAACAAAGGGCAUUCACCUGGUCACAGGGUAUUACACAAGGCAUUCACCUAUUAGUGCCUUCUUAUUUAGCUGCAUUAAUACUGUUGUUGAUUUUUUCUGUUAUACAGAGAGGCUGCAUAUCUGAAUUAAAACUCCCUGGCAUAGUUCAUUGAGUCACAGUGGUGUGCUUGAGUUUGCCAUUUUUCUGUGUUCGAUUCCUCACCAUGAACUUGUAAGUAGUUCUGACAUGUGCCUUACAUUGUACCUUACAUCUCUCGUUCCAAGUGCCAAUCAAAACCAUUCGUCAUAGAAUGGCCCUGAGGAGUGUUUGUACAAGCUCUCUUUUUACAGGGUGUCCCAGCUGUCACACAGCACGAUUUAAAACAAAAGGAAUGGCGUUACGCGAAGCAAGUUUAGUGCAUAUUGUUUCCAGUGCAGUGGAGUAGCCGCCAGUAAUUUUUUUGUUACUGAGAUUUAAUAAGGUAAUUGCUAUUAAUUAUCUAACUCAAGAAGUACUUUCCUAAUUAACAAAGUGUCAAUGAGAAAAUUGUAGAGCAACAUGAAAAACUCGCGAUACAGCUUUCUUUUGCUCAAUACGUGCUACAUAAAUGUGUUUUUCCGAGCGUGAAAGAAGCCCGCGAAUACACGCGAAGUGCCUCGAGCGACUAGUCACGCGACAAUUCUGCGUGUAUUUGCGGGCUUCUUUCACGCUUGGAAAAACACAUUUAUGUAGCACAUAUUGAGCAACAGAAUGCUGUAUUGGGAGUUUUUCAUGUUGCUCUACAUUUUCUCAUUGACACUUUGUUAAUUAGGACAGUACUUAUUGAGUUAGAUAAUUAAUUACAAUUACCUAAUUAAAUCUCAGUAACGAAAAAAUUACUGGCAGCUACUCCACUGUACUGGAAACAAUAUACACUAGGUUUGCUUCGCGUAGCGCUGUUCCUCUUUUUUCUUAAAUCGGGCUGCGUGAUAGCUCGGACACCCUGUAUAUGCAGGCUUUGCUGUACAGUUGAUCAUGAAAGCCUGUGAUCAGUGUUGUACUUUACUUUAUUUACAUUUCUAAGUAUACUUUUUGUUACCUGAUAGGUUGAUUAAGAAACCGUUAAUUUCAGGAAAACAUAGAGCUUCUUAGCAUUUCUACCAUCUUAAAACCUAAUUUUCCUGUACUGUGCAAUAUGUAGGGACAUGCUACUGUGCUGAUAAAGCCUUGUAGGUAGCAAGAUGCAGGAAGUUAAGUGCAUAGCACUCUUUGAGAGUACGGCUGUUUUACUGGAGUUGGCCAGUGAAUAGGCAAUCUUGUGCACUAAUUUUUUCUGACAUUACAUACAGCGAACAAUGUGCCUUGGCUGCUCUUCAAUGUGAAGUUUGUUAAUUCAUAUAGUUCCUUGCUAAGCUCAAGUAACAUGAAGUUUGUUCCUCAAGAAUUAAAAUGAAUGUUGUUUACAUUAAGAUACUUGAAAACACUCAGUGCCAAAGUCGUUCCAAGUUAUUUCAUUUGUAUAUUGUUACGAGUCACAAUUUCCGAUUAGAAAUAGCUUUGUUCAGCUUAAGCUUUUUCAGAAAUGCUUGCUGCAGACUCAUUCAAAAUACUGCAUGUAAGGCACUCUGAAGCUUCCGCCAUAUUUAACACACCUGAGAAGAUGGAUAUUUACACAUGUCAAUUUCAUAUGCCUCUCUAAAGUACAAGUCUCAUCGUAAUGUACCACUGCAAUAUACAAAAGCACCAUUUGCAUCUUCUGAGAUAUGUUAUUGCUUUGCACUAUGACAGUUUCAUGUCAAAUUUGUAUGUGGCUGGGACAGUAUCACCAGAAGCGUAGCAUCAUCAGUGCAAUCAAAUUGCAAUACUCAAAAAACACCUUUGUGGGUAGUCUGAAGGUGCAUGGGGAGAUUGCUCAAUUUACAUAGUGCUUGCUUAAGGUGUUGUCCUACCGAAAUAUGCGGCUGGACAUGUUGUGGUGCCCCCUUUGUGCCUGGUCUGUUUACAGCUCUUGGGCUGUUCAUUUACGUGUACAGUGGAAAUAUCUUGUUAUGGGCACAAUGCUGCGUCGUUCAAGUCGAAGUUGCAAGCAUAGCAGACACCACUAACGAUGAUAGAGCAGAAGAGAUACAAACAGGACAGAUGAGUCUUUCCAGUUCAUGCCUAUCAGAUGUUGUUGCUUGCGCUUCUUCACAUGAAGGAAAACUAGUAUAGCUCAGCCACGAACUCCCGUAAAGUUAGCUUUUUAGUUAAACCGCACUGUGAUCAAUGUUGUAAUGCGGUAAAGCGAGCUGGAAUUGACUUCUUUUUUUAUUAUUGUGUGCGUUUUGUUUGGUCAUGUGUUGACUGCCCAAAGUACAUCAUGAUUUCGUUUUAUGGUUAGCUAAAUGAACCAGUGUCAGCAUACACGUAUUAGUACAACCAGAACAGGGUAGGGCUGUGCUAUUCCUAAGACCAAUUGGAAUCAAACAUACUGCAGUUUGUGGAUUUAACGGUUGUUUGAAACCCUUGUGAAGCAUGCACGAAGAAAUAUGAAUAGUUCAAAAAUGUUCAACCAAUAGGAAAACAUCAAAGCUGCGUAUGGUUUUUUCUCGAACCAUUGAGAGCUUGUUGCUAGGAGGCAAGACUCGCAGCAAAAUUGCGACCUGUUGGUCGUGGGGGUUCGUGGCUACUCUUAUCUGAGUUGCACUCUAACUGCACUAGACGUACAUCUUCGUGGCCUUUUUAUGGUUUCUGGCCAUGACGUGCAUCUAUUCAUGCAGCGUUCUCACUUGUAAACCUCACCCUUUCUGUGCAACCACUUCGUCGGUUUAUUGAGAGAGCAUGCGGGCGCUCGUUUCGCAUUCACAAGAGGCCAGUCUUAUCUGAGAUGCUGCAUUGCCGCAAUUACGCACCUCUCACUUCCGGCUCAAGCAUUGUGCCAGUGCGGUGAAUUGUUUUGUUGAGUAAAUUUAAGUGGCCCCCUCCCCUGUUAAAGACUAAAUUAAAAAAAAAAGAACUGAAGGGGGUCUGGGCGUAUUGCAAUACUAGUACCUGUCCCAAGAGCAUGGAAUAGUUUGUUUGUUUUGCCAAUUCGUUUCAUCACUGUACUUAAGUUUAUUUGUUUUCACCAUUGUUCUACUCUUGUAUGUGAUUUUCGAUAUUCUUUGUUUCUUGUCGUAUUUGAGAGACUCAUUGUGUGUACAGUUUCUGCUCUUGCAAUGCGUUUAUAUGUUAUUUGGCUAGCUUGCCAUCCCGUACUAAACGAUCUCGCUAAGUCUUGGUAUCGUGUAGUCAGUGUUGUUUAGUUUAAGGUAUUCUUCGGUGCCCGAUGAAAGAACACGCACUGAAAUCUUGAGGGUGUGAUGUGUCGUGGUGUUCUUUAUUUCUUUCUUCUUGCGUACAAGCUGUUUGUUCUUUAACCUUCAGGCUUAUCAAAUGAACAAUUUUGGAUUUAGUCGGGGUGCAUUCUUUUUUUCGUUGCUCAAAACAAACGGGUAAUAGGUCUCGCAGCAUCGUUCAUACUAAAGAUUGUGUGCUUGUUCAUUAAUCCCCUUCAGUGUGGUUUCUGUUCUUGUUCGAUUUCAUUAAAAUUUGGUCAGAAAGA